AUGCUGCGACCUUUCCCAAUUGUGGUACAGAGAAUUCUAUUUGGAGAUGACAAUGGGCAGGAAAAGGAUGCCUACGUCAUAGUAGCUUUAUGCAUGCAAAGUCUCAGUCCGAUCGGUUUAAAAUUGACAAAGUUUCAUACGAACUUUCAUCCCCUAUUUUAUCCCCUUGGGGGAAGAAUUGAUCAAAAUCCUUUCUUGGGGGAUGCCUACGUCAUAACAUCUACCCGCAUACCAAAUUUCAGCCCGAUCCGUCCAGUGGUUUGGGCUAAAUGCACGGUCCGCCAUCAGCACAACGAGGAGUGCAACGACCUCAUCACCAUGGAGAAGCGGAUUCAGUUCCCCAUUGAAAUGUCCAUGCCAUGGAUCCUCACUGACCACAUACUGCGGAGCAAGGAGCCCGCAAUGAUGGAAUACGUGCUGUACCCUCUGGAUUUGUACAACGAUUCCGCUCAGUACGCGUUGACUGUGUUCAAGAAACAGUUCCUGUACGACGAAGUCGAAGCUGAAGUGAAUCUGUGCUUCGAUCAGUUCGUGUACAAACUGUCUGAACAAGUGUACGCGCAUUACAAGCAACUGGCGGCGAGGUAAAGAGAAACAUAACAUUUCACAGUAGGGGGAGGGGGGGGAGAGCGAGAUUUAGUGACAGACUAAUUACAAGCAUAAAAUUGACAAAUGGUUAU